AUGGCAGAAGCUCCAGACGCAGAGCCCCUCCCAUUUCCAGAGAAACUUGCUAUGGCGUGGCAAAGCAUCAAUCCCACCGUGUGCUGCACUACUGAUGGCCGCCGGGCUGUCUGGAGCGCGCAGAGAGGCUACGACUUUCCCUUGGCACAUCAAGAGUGCGCGGGCUGGGCACAGGGCUUGCGGCACGCUGCGAGUGUCCCCAGCAUUGCUUCUCCAGGCCCGUUGGACCAAAGUGCGAUGGUUGGAAUGACGGGCAAAUCCUUGGUUCACCCCAACAGGCAGCACGCGCGAGCUCGAAGCUCACAGGCCGCGAAAAAAAAACCAGGUAACGAUCCUCCAGAGUUGCCGCCGGAAAGUCGAGCAUCCUUCAGCUGGGUGUCUCCCAAAAUUCCCCUGGCUUUGGAGAAUCAGGUUUAA